CUUCUAGCUAUGUACUGUGCUCUACGUCAUUUUCGACAUUCAGUUGAGGGUCGUGAAUUCAUCAUUUUCACUGACCACAAACCUCUGACGUACUCUCUGAACUCAACUUCAGAUAAGUAUUCACCCAGGGAAUCGCGACAACUAGAUUACGUUUCACAGUUUACAUCAGAUAUUCGCCAUGUUUCCGGAGUGAACAACACUGUGGCAGAUGCCUUGUCACGUAUUUGUUCUUUCACCGAAAUCGACGGCAUAGACCUUGUAAAACUGGCUCGUCUUCAAAAAGAAGAUAUUGAGCUUCAGCGUGAGUUGUCGAAAACAACUCUACAACUAGCCAAGAAACCCUUAGGUGCAACGGGCACUGGACAGGAGACAAACGAAGCACGGGAUCCAACGAACAACACUGAGAAAGCUAUGUACAGACACCCUAUUAGCAUAGGCAGACAGACCAGCAGGCUCUCAAUCAAGCCGCUCGGAAGAUUUUUUUCACCCAUAAGGGAACCAUCGAGAUUUUUUUACUUCCGGCUGGUCAUGUCUUAGGGUCCUCACAAACCCACUAGGGGGGGAGUGAGCUGUAGCGGUAAAUAAUUCCCCAAAAUUAUUAACCACAGCAAUCAUCACUCAACAUUGGAUGCUGACCAUCACUGUUUAAGUCGACUUGUUUAGCUGAAGGCUUACGGUCAAGCAUCCC